UCUGUGAGCUGUUGCUGUUGCUGCUUGCAAGCUGCCGGCUGAAUUGUAGUCCACAGGCCGAUAUCUGCAUUCCCUUUUCUGCAGGAUAUCAGGAAUAUGGAUAAAGGACUGAUUUUGAUUUUUGGGUUAUGAUUUAGAUGACACCACUGGGUACAAUUGUGCCAAGAAAACUAUUGGAUAUUAUAAAGAUUUAUCCUGUUUACUAGGCCAUGUAUGCAUUGGAAGAAUUCAGAGAAGUGCACUGACAAGCUAGUUCAACGACAAAAAGCUUCCAUUACAGACUUUACAUUAAGUGUAUUGGUAGAUAAUGCCACCUGGUGAGCAGAGUAUUUGCCAAGCCCGAGCCUCGGUUAUGGUCUAUGAUGACACCAGCAAAAAAUGGGUACCGAUAAAACCAGGACAGCAGGGAUUCAGCAGGAUCAACAUUUACCACAAUACAGCAACAAACACCUUUAGGGUAGUUGGAGUUAAACUGCAAGAUCAACAAGUGGUUAUAAAUUACUCCAUAGCAAAAGGACUGAAGUAUAACCAGGCAACACCUACAUUUCACCAAUGGCGAGAUGCGCGACAAGUUUAUGGCUUGAAUUUUGCCAGCAAGGAGGAGGCAACCACUUUCUCUAAUGCAAUGUUAUAUGCCCUAAAUGCCCUGAAUUCACAAGAUGGAGGCCCAACUGUUCAGCGUCAAAUACAAAAUGGACCCUCUCCAGAUGACAUGGAAAUUCAGAGAAGGCAAAUGGAGCAUCAACGCCAAGAGUCGGUUGAAAGAAGGACAUCAACUUCAGUCUCCACCCUUCAGAUAAAUGUUUCAUCAUCCCCUUUGCAUUGCCUGUCUCCCCCUCCUGAGUACAGUAACUACACUGCUUCCUCUUCUGUUGGGGCCGCCCCUCCCCCAUCUUAUGCUAAAGUUACCUCUUCAGUAUCUUCUGACAUUGACUCCAAUAACAGCAGCACUUUCAGGUACAAUAACAGAUUUGGUGACUCCCUUCACAGACCUCCAGCCUCACAGCUUUCUACUACUGUGGGAUCUGCUUUCACUCCAGUACAACCAAAUUAUGGGACUUUAUCCCGAAGCAUUAAACAGAUUUGUCUCUCCCCACCACCUCCUGCUGGAGCCCAACAUUUGCCUCCAUCUUCAAAACCGGGUAGCCGAUCUUCAAUUUCAUGUUCUCCUUUGCCUCCAUCUCCUCCAAAGAUGAUUUCCUCACCAGUUCAGAAGGCUUUUGCACUUCCGCCAGCUAUUCCAGUUGCAAUGCCUUUGAUUCAUUUCCAGAACACUAAGGCCAGAGGAUCUACAGAAGCAUUAUUCCAAGGAAUCCCAUCUGAUGUAACACAAAAUGGCAAUCUAGAAGAACCUUUGAAAGCACAAGCUCAUGUACCAUGUCCUAGACCACUGAAUAAGAGCUCAGAAGGGUCUCUUAUGCCCUGCUUAGACUUGUUACGUUUCUCUCAGUUACCAUUUCUAAAUAGCUCAACAGGUCCUUGUGGCCAGAAUUUGUCACAGCCCCCAUUGUCUCUACCUCUCCCUCAGAAGCAGUUGUACCAGUCCACAUCACCUUUUGUCUCCUUACCUCCCUCAUAUGCUGCUGUAUCUGAUGUGCCAUUGUCCAAAAGGACCCCUCCUCUGACUUCACCAACAGCCAUUCCCCACUUAUCUCCUGCUCUUCCCCCUGGUCAUCCAUCUACUACAACAGCAGCAGCACCACCACCACCAAUGUCAGGUAGUGGACCACCUCCUCCACCUCCUCCAGGACCUCCCCCACCCUCAGCAAGUGCUCCCCCACCCCCUCCCCCACUGCCUGCUAGUGGAAGCCAAAGUUCUUCAGGGGGUGAAGAUUGUUCAUCAUCAGGAUUGGCAGCAGCCCUGGCUGGAGCUAAACUGAGGAAAGUACAGAGGCCCGAAGAUGGUUCUGGGGGUUCCAGUCCUAGUGGAUCGACAAAGAGUGACGCUAACCGAAGCAGCAGUGGAGCAACAGCGGGAGGAGGAGGAGGAGGAGGUGGUCUUAUGCAGGAAAUGAAUGCAAUAUUAGCAAGAAGAAGAAAAGCAGCAACACAGCCUGAAAAACCUACUGAAAAAAAAGAGGAGGACAGCCAAACAGAAGAGCCCAGUCUCUCUCCGUCAUCUGCUGCACGUGCUCCAGGUCAGCAAAAUUCAGCGGACUCUGGAAAGAAGCUCUGGGAACGAUCUAAUUCUGUUGAAAAGCCUGCUCCUUCAUUGCUUUCUAGAACUCCAUCCUUUGUGACGAACCAAGCAGCUAAGAGUUCCAUAUACUCUCAGCCACAAUCUAGAGUGAAGCCAGUAAGUAGUAAUGAUGUGGCCGCAGAUGCCUUAGACUUUGAUCGUAUAAAGCAGGAAAUACUGGAAGAAGUCAUAAGAGAACUGCACAAGGUGAAGGAAGAGAUAAUUGAUGCCAUCAGACAAGAGUUAAGCAGAAUCAGCAUGACAUAAUGAAUCAGACAGCCAUGAGAUGCAGAAUGCAUAACACAGCCUUGGAGGAUCUACAUGAGAGUCUAUCGAUAUAGAAGGAGUGUGUCCAAGAUGGAUGACUGAAGAACAUACCUGCACUGCUCCUGUUCUUGAAAUCCUUUUACUAGCAGACUCACCAACCUGCAGCUUGCUGCCUUGGAUUUGCUUCAUUUAAAAGUCUUAAAAGCCAGAGGAAGUAGAAAACUGUUCAUUUUAUUAACUGCGGUACACUUUUGGAUUUUUUUCCAGGUUUUGUCAAAUCAACAUUGCACAUUGAAUUUAUGUCGAACUUUUUUUUUUGUAUUUUGUAUUUGCUUAAUGUUUUUCAUUUUCUUUAGUUUGGGUAGAGAAAAGCAAACAUGAUUCAUUUGCUUUAAUAUUAAAAUGAAGUCAAAAUUUUUAUCAUUAAAUGCAAUGUAAACAAAAUACCUUUGCCAACAGAAUCAUCUUGUGGAUCCACUGGAUAAAAUGGAGACAUGAGAAAAUUGUGGAAUGACAAAUAUGUGUCUCAUUAAAUAUCAAAAUAUUAAAAUUGUACAACAGUGCACCACAGUAUUUGUGUUCAUAUUGUUAAUAAAUUGGUUAAUGGCCAUAAAAUAUAA